AUGGGCGUCCAUAUUUCGGGCCGUUUAGAGGCCCUCCUUAAAUAUCUAGAAAAGAAAUAUCCCGACGCGUACAAAGAGUUCAUCGAAGUGUACCCCUCAACUACCGCUAUAAAACAAAGCAGUCCAUGCGACAUGGAUUGCUCGCUAAUCAGCUCGGAAGCCGAAUCUUCCGACUUCCGAGUCAGACACGACGCCGCCUACCUCGGACGCAGAGGAGGAUAA